AGUAAACAAAUUUAACCCAGGUACAUUUCGCCGUAAUAGUUGUACAUUCCAGGAAUAACAACUAACAACUACCUGACUUGACUCCAAUUUCAUUGCCUACAUGGAUCUUCUCCGUUACUCCGCCUCCCGCUUCCCUGCAGCUCAUCCUCAACUUCCCUUCCGUACGCCACUUGGCCGGCGGUUCGUCGCCGUUAGGUCGAGUUUGAACCUUCCGUUCGCGGAGCAGAAAGGCAAGUAUUAUAGCGAGCUCGAAGCCGCUGUUGAUGUUGUCGAACGAGCUUGUCGUCUCUGCGUUGAUGUGAAGAAGUCACUGUUCUCAAGUGAUGGUAGGAUUCUUGAGAAAAAUGACCAGACCCCAGUCACCAUUGCAGAUUUUGGAGUGCAGGCUUUAGUUAGCUUGGAGAUGAACAGACUUUUUCCCUCCAUCCCUCUGGUGGCUGAAGAGGACUCUGCAUUCUUGCGUUCAAAUAAUCUGGUUGGCUCAGUGGUUGAUGUUGUAAAGGAUAAAGCAACUUUAGGAGAUGAAGUAACAGAAGAUAAUAUUUUGAAAGCAAUUGACAGAGGGGGAAAGGAUGCUUAUGUAUUUGCGCCUGAGCCAGCCACUUACUGGAUUCUGGAUCCUAUUGAUGGUACACGAGGGUUUGUUAAAGGUAGUGAGGCUCUCUAUGUGGUUGGUUUGGCACUUGUAGUUGAAGGAAAGAUUGUCUUAGGAGUCAUGGGCUGCCCCAAUUGGCACGAAGACUGUUCUGAUAAUUCUAUCAUUGGGGUCCAAGAAAAUCAAAGUUCCAGAUCAGGGAUCAUCAUGGUUUCUCAUGUGGGUUGUGGAACAUGGACAAAGAGGUUGUCAGACAUACUAACCAAUGAGUCACCUCACACUUGGACCAGAUGCUCUGUUGACAGCUGCCAAAUGGUGCAGGGGGCACGCGUUACUAUUCCUGAAAGUCAAACAUGGAAAUCUUUACCCUUGUCAGGUUUAUUUGAUGCAAAAACAGACUCUGAGAACAUAGGAGAAGGGAACAUACUUCUUCUGUCUGCAUGCUGUGGGAGUUUGUGCAAAUAUCUGAUGGUGGCUUCUGGUAGAGCAUCGGUUUACAUUCAGGGGAAGAAGGCGACAUCUAUUAUCAAGGUCUGGGACCACGCUGUUGGAAUCAUAUGUGUCCAUGAAGCUGGAGGGAAGGUGACUGACUGGGAAGGAAGUUCACUUGAUUUUGCAGCAGAUCAAACUGAACGGAGACUCAUCUUUCCUUCAGGCGGUGUUCUUGUAACUAAUGGGAGCUUACAUAGCAAGAUUAUUGGAAUGAUCUCUUCAAAUUCAUCAGUUCUUUGACAUUCUUUUUGGCAUUAUUGUGACAAAUCAAUAAUCAGAUACUAAUGAAGAUUUCCGCCAAUUCAUCAAUUGUUAAUGAUACUUGCAUUCUUUUGACGAAUCACAGCAUAUAGCAGUAUACAUAUCAAUGUCUCUCCGUUUUCUU